UUGCCCAGUUGCCGCUCAGUCUUCCACGCGAACAGUCGACGGCGUGUGACCGCGAUUGCGUUUGCCCAGACAGACAGACAGACGGACAGAUUUAAGGUUUCCCCCGAAAGAUCCCGAGCAGAUAUGCAAAUACAUUGUAGGCGGCGGAACCUCAGAUAAGAUAAGCCUGCUCCGGAGGCGAUAAGUCGGCACAUCACAUAGCCAGAAUUAUAAGAGUUCGCCGGUGAGGUGACUGAACCCAUCGAACUGACAUAGCUCGAAAUGCAAGAAUCCGGCGGCUCGUCGGGCCAGGGCGGUCCAUCGCUGUGCCUCGAGUGGAAGCAGCUGAACUACUAUGUGCCCGCCCAGGAGCAGAGCAACUACAGUUUCUGGAACGAGUGCCGCAAGAAGCGCGAGCUGCGGAUCCUCCAAGACGCCAGCGGGCACAUGAAGACCGGCGACCUCAUCGCCAUACUGGGCGGAUCCGGAGCGGGCAAGACCACGCUGCUGGCGGCGAUUUCGCAACGACUGCGUGGUAACCUGACCGGGGAUGUGGUUUUGAACGGCAUGGCCAUGGAGCGGCAUCAGAUGACGCGCAUCUCCAGCUUUCUGCCGCAGUUCGAGAUCAACGUGAAGACGUUUACGGCCUACGAGCAUCUGUACUUUAUGUCCCAUUUCAAGAUGCACCGGCGCACCACCAAGGCGGAGAAGCGCCAGAGGGUGGCGGAUCUCCUCCUGGCAGUGGGCCUGCGCGACGCCGCCCACACCCGCAUCCAGCAGCUGUCGGGUGGCGAGCGAAAGCGACUCAGCUUGGCCGAGGAGCUGAUCACCGAUCCCAUAUUCCUGUUCUGCGAUGAACCCACCACGGGCCUGGACAGCUUCAGCGCCUAUUCGGUGAUCAAAACACUCAGGCACUUGUGCACCAGGCGACGGAUUGCCAAACAUUCCUUGAACCAGGUCUACGGCGAGGACUCGUUUGAGACGCCGAGUGGCGAGAGCAGCGCCAGUGGCAGUGGCAGCAAGUCCAUCGAGAUGGAGGUCGUGGCCGAGUCCCACGAGAGUCUGCUGCAGACGAUGCGGGAGCUCCCAGCCCUGGGAGUCCUAAGCAACAGCCCCAACGGCACCCACAAGAAGGCGGCCAUCUGCUCCAUCCAUCAGCCGACGUCGGACAUCUUCGAGCUCUUCACCCACAUCAUCCUCAUGGAUGGCGGCAGGAUCGUCUACCAGGGGACGCACCGAGCAGGCAGCCAAGUUCUUUACAGACCUGGGCUACGAACUCCCGCUGAACUGCAAUCCUGCGGACUUCUACCUGAAGACCCUGGCGGACAAGGAGGGCAAAGAGAACGCGGGGGCUGUGCUCCGGGCGAAGUACGAGCACGAGACGGAUGGACUCUACAGCGGGAGCUGGCUGCUGGCGCGGAGCUACAGCGGGGAUUACCUGAAGCACGUCCAGAACUUCAAGAAAAUAAGGUGGAUAUAUCAGGUGUACCUCCUGAUGGUGCGCUUCAUGACCGAGGAUGUGCGGAAUAUUAGGAGUGGGCUCAUCGCCUUUGGCUUCUUCAUGAUCACCGCUGUAACACUAUCCCUCAUGUACUCCGGCAUUGGAGGACUCACGCAACGGACGGUGCAGGACGUCGGUGGAUCCAUCUUCAUGCUCAGCAACGAGAUGAUCUUCACGUUCAGCUAUGGCGUGACGUAUAUAUUUCCCGCCGCCCUUCCCAUCAUCAGGCGGGAGGUGGGCGAGGGCACCUACAGCCUGUCCGCCUACUACGUGGCCCUGGUGCUCUCCUUCGUGCCCGUGGCCUUCUUCAAGGGCUACGUCUUCCUGUCGGUGAUAUAUGCCUCCAUAUACUACACGCGCGGCUUCCUUUUGUACCUCAGCAUGGGCUUCCUGAUGAGCCUGUCCGCGGUGGCGGCUGUUGGCUAUGGGGUCUUCCUCUCCAGCCUCUUCGAGUCGGAUAAGAUGGCCUCCGAGUGCGCGGCGCCCUUCGAUCUGAUCUUCCUUAUCUUUGGCGGCACCUACAUGAAUGUGGACACAGUGCCUGGACUAAAGUACCUCUCGUUGUUCUUCUACUCCAACGAGGCGCUGAUGUACAAGUUCUGGAUCGACAUCGAUAAUAUCGACUGCCCCGUCAACGAGGAUCAUCCGUGCAUCAAGACCGGAGUGGAGGUGCUGCAGCAGGGAUCCUAUCGCACCGCCGACUACACCUAUUGGCUGGACUGCUUCAGUCUGGUGGUGGUGGCCGUCAUCUUUCACAUCGUGUCCUUUGGGCUGGUUAGGCGAUACAUUCACCGCAGUGGUUACUAUUGAUUGGGGCGCUUUUAUUAUACUAAUUUCAGUUUACACUGUUACAGAACUUGCUUCAGCUUAAUUUCAGUUGCAUUGAGUACUCGUGCGGUAGUUAAGUAAAAUUUGUAAUUUUUAAGCACAAAAUGUUCUUAAUACAUCUAAACUUCAGUGGAAAAUAUUGCAUUCAUCAAAUUUGAGUCGCAUAAAAUAAAUCCCAUAUAGAUCAUGUAUGUAUGCCGUUACUAAAAGAAAUUUAACUUGCAUUUGAACUACAUUUGAGCUCAAGGAAAAGUCGGGAGUCUUGCGAGUCGAAGAAGAGGCGAUCUAUAAGAUCUAUAUCAGAUUAUUUUACUUAUACCUAUUAUUAUACGAUUGUCUGUCAUUAUAUAUAAAUGGUUUGAAAGGGUUUAAAGAGACCUGACAGUUGAAUUAAUAAAUUAAGCUAAAACAAACAAAAAAUAAUGGAAAC